AGGUUAUAGAGUGAAGCACUCAAAUAAGAAAAAGUGUUAAAGUUGCAUGCACAAACUGCAUGGAUUCUGGCAUCUCAGUUACAUUGCUUUAUUGGGACUCUUCGGCUUGGAGAAGUGAAGACUCAGGGGUGACUUGGUGGCAGCCUGUAAGUAUAUAAGGGAUGUGCAUCAGGAACUGGGAGAACAUCUAUUCACCUGUGCUCCCUAAGGGAAGAUAAGAUCUAUCAGUCACAAACUUCUAGAAGACCGUUUUAGACUGGACAUAAGGAAAAACUUCUUUACAGUCCUAGUCUCUAGAGUCUGGAAUAGACUUCUCCCAGAAAUGGUGCAAACACCUACUCUGGAUACCUUUUAAGAAAUGCUUGGAUGGGGUGAUCUGACCCCAGCUGACUUCCUGCCCCCUGGACAGGGGGCUGGACCCAAUGAUCUCACAAAGUCCCUUUCAGCCCUAAUGUCUAUGAAAUCUAUGAAACUGAAUGCAGAUUGGAAACUAGUGGGGAAAGCUGUAUACUUGUUGCUUUGAAUUUGGAUUGAAUACUAUUUUCACAAUCUAGAUGAGGAAUAGAUUCUUUAAGAUGAUAGUUUGAUAUUCUGGAGUUUGAUUUGGUGUGUGCAAAGGAUUAUGUGACAGUUGUCUAAGAUGGCAGGAUCACACUGACCUAGAAGAUCUCUUUUCAUUUUGACUUCUUCUGAUGUGAAGUGGCAACUGAAGAAAUUUUAAGUGUUUUGCACAGUUUGUGCAGUGAGUCAAGCGAAGUUUCAUAGAAAAGAUUAAAUAUUACCUUACUGCCUCAUUCACUGUGAGGUAGUGUGCAAUAAAUUAAAGUAUUUGUGAAUUUUAUUGUAUGAUAACAGGCUACAUGGUAAUCCAUACACAUGGGGGAAGGACUAAAAAUGAAAUCUUAAGGUUGAGAGUCACAAAAAACUAAGCAUACCAGUUAUUAAUUCAAGUGAGUUUAAGAGCAAUUAUCAGAUGCUCUACUUAUGGUUCAUGCAAGGAAGUUAAACUUCAUUGGUGCAUCUACCCAUGCAGUUAAUGCAAAGCAGUAAACUGUGAAACAACUCAAGCUGGACUAAACUGUUCCCAGGUGCAGUAUCUAUAUGUGUACCCGGGAUGGUGAUUUGAGCCAGGGCAGCAGAGUAGGCCCCCAGCUGGCCGGGCUGACCAGAUAUAGUUUACUUCUGCGAUCAGCCUCUAUACGUCCAUUUCAGCGUGGUAAAUGACUCUGCUGUAAGAUAGUACUGUCCCCAACAGUAUUAUCUUAUGGCAGAAUUUUAGUUUACUGCGCCCUAAUAUCAACUUGCAUGUAGACAGUGAUGCUUUACUGUGGAGCUAAUUAGUCAGCUCUGCAGUAAAGCAUAUAUUUAGAUGUGUCCUAUAUGUUUUGGAUGCAAGUAGAGUAACUUUACUUCCAUUGCAUUAGUCUUCUACUGCAAUAGUUUGUUCAGUUUUAAGGGCAAGAUCCACAAGAGGCCUUCAGGUUGGUGAUACUGAGCCAUGAGUCAGUCCUGGGCACCAGGGCAAAAUUAGUAGCCUGUUGAUUCAGUUAUACACCUUUCAAAAUGCCUGGGGGGGAAUUAGAUGCCUUUAGAAUGGGUUUCAAUAACCAGUAUUGUUAAGCUGCCCAAGGGCUCCAGUAGCAGUCAGGGACUCAAGAUUUUAAGAUUGACCUCACUUACCCCCUUUCUUUUAGAAACAAAACAAGGCUCCUGUUUUUCUUUCAGAAUAUGACUAGAAGAGAUGGUGGCAAUGUCACUGUUUUUUCUAGGAUAGCCUUGUGGUUAGAGCAUGCAAGUGGGAUAUAGGUGGCCUGGGUUUAAUUUCUUAUUCCUCAGGGGAUUCAGCGCAUUCCCCGCCAAGCCCCAUCUUCCUCCACCCCAGACUAUGAGAAGACAACGAAAUGAAGUUGUCGUGGAGUUAAGAAAGAACAAAAGAGAUGAGCACUUGUUAAAGAGAAGAAAUGUACCCCAUGAAGAUAUCUGUGAAGAUUCUGAUAUAGAUGGUGAUUUCAGAGUGCAAAACACGUCCUUGGAGGCGAUAGUACAGAAUGCUUCAAGUGACAACCAAGAUGUACAGCUAAGUGCAGUACAGGCUGCAAGAAAGCUUCUUUCCAGUGACCGCAAUCCACCAAUUGAUGACUUAAUAAAAUCAGGAAUAUUACCUAUUUUGGUGCACUGUCUUGAAAGAGAUGACAAUCCCUCUUUACAGUUUGAAGCUGCAUGGGCUUUGACAAACAUUGCAUCUGGAACUUCAGAACAAACACAAGCCGUAGUUCAAUCCAAUGCUGUGCCACUUUUUCUGAGACUGCUGCAUUCGCCCCAUCAAAAUGUUUGUGAGCAAGCAGUAUGGGCUUUAGGCAAUAUCAUAGGUGAUGGACCCCAAUGUAGAGAUUAUGUUAUUAGUCUUGGAGUUGUGAAGCCCCUGUUGUCCUUCAUCAGCCCAUCUAUUCCUAUAACAUUCUUAAGAAAUGUUACGUGGGUCAUGGUCAACUUGUGCCGUCACAAAGAUCCACCUCCACCGAUGGAAACCAUUCAGGAGAUCCUUCCAGCCCUCUGUGUUUUAAUUCACCACACAGAUGUAAAUAUAUUGGUAGAUACAGUCUGGGCUCUUUCCUACCUAACGGAUGCUGGUAAUGAACAGAUCCAGAUGGUGAUAGACUCUGGAAUAGUCCCUCAUUUGGUUCCUCUUCUCAGUCACCAAGAAGUUAAAGUGCAAACUGCUGCGCUGAGAGCUGUAGGAAACAUUGUUACAGGGACUGAUGAACAAACGCAGGUAGUUCUGAAUUGUGAAGCUCUUUCACAUUUCCCAGCCCUUCUGACACAUCCCAAAGAAAAAAUUAAUAAGGAAGCAGUAUGGUUCCUAUCUAACAUCACUGCAGGAAAUCAGCAGCAAGUUCAGGCAGUGAUAGAUGCAAACCUUGUUCCCAUGAUAAUACAUCUUCUAGAUAAGGGUGAUUUUGGUACUCAAAAAGAAGCUGCUUGGGCUAUAAGCAACUUAACAAUCAGUGGAAGAAAAGAUCAAGUGGCAUACUUAAUUCAACAAAAUGUAAUUCCUCCUUUUUGCAACUUGCUAACAGUAAAAGAUGCUCAAGUUGUACAAGUGGUGCUGGAUGGACUAAGUAAUAUAUUAAAAAUGGCUGAAGAUGAAGCAGAAACCAUAGCCAACCUUAUAGAAGAGUGUGGAGGGUUGGAGAAAAUUGAACAGCUACAGAAUCAUGAAAAUGAAGACAUCUACAAACUUGCUUAUGAGAUCAUUGAUCAGUUCUUCUCUUCAGAUGAUAUUGAUGAAGAUCCUAGCCUUGUUCCAGAGGCAAUACAAGGUGGAACAUUUGGUUUCAAUUCAUCUACCAAUGUACCAGCAGAAGGGUUCCAGUUUUAGAGCGAUGACUUGGAAGUUAGGUACAAUGCAGCACUGAAUAAAAAAUGGUUUGAUCCAUCAAUCUUGGCUCAUGGGAUCCGCUGCUGCAUUAAAUCGGGAAAGAAAAUGUGAAGAUUUCAUUUGGAAUCACAGAAAAGCCCAAAUGAAGUCAAGAUGGCGAGUGGGUGCGAGUGAGAAUGAGUGGCAAAAUGUAAUGAAAAACUUCACACUGAAUGCUUAUUUAGAUUGUUCAAAGAAAAAGGGCUACAGGACAAAGAUCUUCAGUGCCUGAGAAGGAACAAUAACUUAUUAGAGCAAUUUGGGGGGGAAAUGCAGUACUAUCAUCAUCAAGCAUAAAAGAGAAUAGGAUGCCCAUAUAAGUCCAAGGAGAAUGAGCCCAGGCCUUGCUAUGAAGCACCGUGUGAAUGGACAACAUUGAAUGAAUGUCUGGACUCGAUGCUGUGGAACCAGGCUCUUGUUUCAAAUCUAGGGCUCUUCAGUCAUGAAGCAGACUCCUAGUCCUGGAGUGGCGUGUGUACGAGAGUAUGGUUGUGAUGCUGUAUGUGAACGCAUGCAAGCUUGAUUCGCCUUCAGGGGGCUGAUAAUAAACCUAGUAAAUCAUCAAAAUGAGUUCAUAAGUGUUAACUUACACUGGACACAAAAACAAAGACCGGUUUAGCAGCAGACUCUAGUUUACUCCUGCAGCCUGUGUUUUUUUUUUUUUUUGUUGUUUUUUUUUCUUUUCCCUUUUUAAUUUUUCUUUUAGUUAUUUUUAAUUUUUUUCCUGUAUGGCUUAUUAGUUGUUUGUAAAGUCAGAAUUUUCAGGAAGGCUUCCCUGUGCAUUUGCACCAGAUGAAUGUUUGAUGUUAUGAAAAAGCUUUCCAUAUCAUCAAAACUAAUUUGUGUAGAUUUUUGCAUGGAAAAAAAUCAUACUUUUCCCCUCAAAUAGACUGUGUUGCAGUACACAAGUUGCCAUAAUAGUAGAAAACAGUAAAAUGUGGUAAUAAAAUCAUCAUCCUUUUCAUUUUCAAAGAUAACAUGAAGACCUUUGCAUGUGGUAAUCUACAAGCAUAGCUCAUUUUUAGAUUUUGUUGAGUCCUGUAACCAAACGUUUCCGUUGUGGUAGAAUACCGUGCUGUGUUUCAAUGUUACUUGUUUUCAAACUUUGUUUUCUAUGAAAAUGAUAUGGAAACUUCUAAAAUUUAAAUUUGGUGCAUAUGUACUGCUGAAUAAAGACCGAAGAGGUGUGAAUAGAUGUACAAAUCAAAUCAUGGUUUGAACACCUUAAUUAAUAUGCCUAAUCUGUCCAAUUGUUUUAGACUACUUUUUAUCUUAGAUGUAGGCAGCCAUGAACAAUCUAUUUUGAGCCACUUUAGAGAGAAAACUUUGUAUUUUUAAAACUUGCAUAAAAGCAUGCAAGUGUUUUUAUGAUUGGAAGAAUGCCUCAGUUUUGAGGUUCUGCGUACUAAAUUAAAAGUGACAUUACAAAUUUGUACGAAAAGGAAAACUCUUUAUAAGGUGGCUCAUUGUAGGAAAUGCUGUGCCUUCCCCUUUGAGCACAAGUGUUGCAUGAACAACAGUUUGCUAUAAUAAAACAUACCAGGUUAGCCACCAUUAGCAUCUAUAUCUACCUUGUGUUUUAAAAUUGACUGGUAAUUCUGAAACACUGUAGAAUGAAUGGAUAAAGAUUAUUUUGUGAUCAUAACUCUUUGUUGGACUAGAGUAUUUUUGCAGCAUUCCUUGUCAUCAGAAACAUGGUUAAAGUUUAAAACUAGAAGCAGCAGAAAACUAGCUUGUGAAAUUUAUCCAAGUAGAGAGCAGGCUAGGCUGUCUUGGGGAAAUAAACAUUAAAACAUAUAA